AUGUCCAAAGGAGUGUACGUCUCGAAGGCUCUGGCUGUCAGCAUCAUCGUGGUGACAGUUUUGGCUGUUUCGUCCAUUAUCACCAUGCUCGUUGUCUACAAUAUCCAGAUCGAGAAAAACCCACCACAACGGCCGCCAACGAACUCUCCCACAACCCCGUUCCCAACUGGGCCACCGCCUAACUUGAGGCUACCUGGAGACCUUGUCCCGGAGAAGUACAACGUGUACUUGCAGACUUACUUCUACACCAGGCUGAGCAAUGUCACAAACCAGACAUUUGCAUUCAACGGAAACGCCACUGUGUACUUCAAGUGUCUGAAAACCACUAAAAAAAUUUUCAUGCACAGCAAAGACUUGAAUAUAACUCUGUUCCGGGUCACUGAUGAAAAUGGGGAUGUGGUGGCAGGAAGACUUACAUUAUGGGACGAUGAAAGUAACUUUUUGGAAGUCGAACUUGAAAGUGCGCUGAAAGCCAAUAAAAACUAUAUUUUUUUCACCACAUUUGAGGGGGAGAUGUUUGAUGAUCUAGCUGGCCUCUACAUAAGCAAAUACACUGAAAAUGGGGGUAAUUAUCUGACUUUUAGAUAUUUAGCAGCUAGCCAAAUGCAGCCUACAGAUGCAAGAAAAGUAUUUCCCUGCUUUGAUGAACCAGCCAUGAAAGCAAUAUUCGACAUAACCAUUAUCCACAGGAGGGAUACCACAGCCCUAAGCAAUGCAAAGACAAAGGAAUCUUGGGUAACUACUAUUGAUGAUGAACAAUGGUUGGUUACGCAUUUCUAUCCAACACGGAAGAUGUCAACCUACCUCUUAGCCUUUACAGUUUCAGAAUUCAAAGAAGAAAAGUCUGAUAAUCUGGUCUAUACUUUCAAGACUUGGGCUCGACCUGAAGCCGUCGAUGCUAAUCACACAAAAUACGCACAGGAAAAAUCUAUAGAAAUACUUAUGUUUUAUGAGGAAGAGUUUGGUAUACCAUAUCCGUUGAGUAAACUUGACCAGAUUGCACUGCCGGACUUCAGCGCAGGUGCAAUGGAGAACUGGGGUUUGAUUACCUACCGUGAGACAGCUCUUCUCUAUGAAGAAGGGGUUUCCUCGACUUCCAACAAGGAGUGGAUUGUCACAGUCAUUGCUCAUGAAGUGGCCCACCAGUGGUUUGGAAAUCUGGUCACAAUGAAAUGGUGGAAUGACCUUUGGCUGAACGAAGGAUUUGCAACAUACAUCUCAUACAAGGGUGUGAAUAAAGCGGAGGCCUCCUGGGGUAUUAACGACCUCUUUGUCCUCCACGAGACCCAGCCUGUGAUGCAGGUGGACUCCUUAGCAUCCUCCCACCCCCUGAGCUCGGGAGAGAAAGAUGUGCAGACUCCAUCCGACAUCACAGAGCUCUUUGACUCCAUCACGUACAGCAAGGGAGCUGCGGUACUUAGGAUGCUGUCAGAUUACCUGACAGAGACAGUCUUUCAGAAAGGUCUUAAGUCGUAUCUCAAGGCUUAUGAGUACAGCAACGCUGAAUAUAAAGACCUUUGGAGUCACUUACAAAUGGAAUUGGACAAAGUAAAUAGUGAAAUUCGUGUGGAAGAAGUAAUGAAGACAUGGACACAACAGAUGGGCUAUCCAGUGAUAACCAUCAACACCACUUCUGGAGAGGUUCUACAGCAGCACUUCCUUCUCAAUCAAACAUCCCAUUACAACUUUACUUGGCAAGUCCCAAUUAAAGUAAUGAAGUCCGGUUCAUCCACCUUAGAGGCGGACCUGUUGACCAGAAAGGGUCCAGUGCAAAAAGUCAUGUAUCAAGCCAGUGGAAACCAGUGGCUUCUUGCCAAUGUCAAUUGCACAGGCUAUUUCAGAGUUAACUACAAUCCACAAAACUGGGAACGAUUGCUUAAGCAACUUGAAAGUAAUCACAAAAAUAUUCCUGUUAUCAACCGAGGGCAGUUAAUUGAUGACGCAUUUAACCUUGCAAGGGCUAAAUAUAUUAAUACCACACUGGCUCUGAACACCACCAAGUACCUCCGUAAUGAGACUGAAUACAUCCCUUGGGAGUCUGCUUUGGAAAAUCUCGAUUAUUUCAUUCUCAUGUUUGAUCGCUCUGAAGUCUAUGGUCCAAUGAAGGCAUACAUGAGAAAGCAAGUUUAUAAUCUUUAUAAGUACUUUGAACCUUACACCAUGAACAUGACUGUGCCACAAGGCCACACAGAACAAUACAACCAGAUCAAUGCCAUCUCAGUUGCAUGUAGCAAUGACCUGGAAGACUGCAAAGAAACAGCUUCAAAGCUUUUUAGGGAAUGGAUGAAUAAUGCAUCAAAUAAGAUUCAUCCAAAUUUGAAGUCAACUAUCUACUGCAAUGCCAUAGCAGCUGGAGGAGAGGAGGAAUGGGACUUUGCUUGGCAGAUGUACAUGAAUGCCACCAUUGCAUCAGAGAAAGACAAACUGCGUUAUGCCUUGAGCUGCACUGAGAAUGUCUGGAUCCUAAACAGAUACCUUUCAUACACUCUGGAUCCAAGCAAAAUAAGGAAGAUGGAUUCUGUUUCCACCAUCAACUACAUUGCCAGAAAUGUGGUUGGACAAUCAUUAGCCUGGGACUUUGUCCGAUCUCAGUGGUCAUACAUCAGUCAAGAAUAUGGUGGGGGAAUAAUGUCACUCGGCAGCCUCAUUGAUGGAGUAACAGAGAGAUUCUCCACUGUUUUUGAGCUUCAGCAGCUGAGACAGUUCCAAAAGGACCAUGGAGAGGGGUCCUUUGGAUCCGCCACACGUGCUCUUCAACAGGCCAUGGAGAGAACAGAGGCCAACAUCAAGUGGGUACAGGAAAACAAGCAGACAGUUCUGGAGUGGUUCCGCAGAGAGACCACAAACCUCUAAGCCUCUCCAGAAUUCAAAAAGGAAACACCAGAGGUGUUACUACAUACAAAAUUGAAGAGAUGGAAGGCACUUCAAAGAUGCACAGUAACAACACACCCUGUGCUUGCUCACAUCAUUAUUUUUGCUUCACACAAGAUCAAUCUUAUGAAACAUGCUGCCAUUCAGUCGCACUGAGAUAAAAGCCCAGAGCAAGAAGGCAAAAGUUUUACAAACUUAGUUAUUAACCUCAAUAACUAAAAAUGUACUCAUAUUCCAGCAAUUAUGGUGAUUAACGUACAGAGAUCAAACUUUUAGUCUUUUUUAAAAAAAUAUUCUGUUGCAGUUAUAAUUUAAAACAAUUAAAAGUCUGUAUUUAUUUAUAUUUAGCUGUGUUAUAGUCUCUGUCUUCAGAAUCAUAAUGUGGUCCAAAGAAAGUGCUUUUUUAAGGUUCAAUGAUCUCAAAAUCCUUAACAGUGUCAAAACGAAAAUAACACAACAGUACAAUUCUGCCUUCUUUGUAACUGUAAAUAUGUUAAUUACAUCAUAUAGGAAAUAAAAGAUUUCUUGGA